UCCUCACCACCGCAGCGGAGGCAGCCUUGAGGGACGAAGGAUUUUAUCAUUAUUUUUGCAUCUCCAUGUCAACGAGCAUCACUUUUUUUGUUGACUGUAACAUAACAGUGAAGAACGGACUGUUUGAGAUCACUUAAAUACUUUUUGUGAAAAUAAAACAUUAAGGAAUAGGCAAACGGCACGUUUAACUUGUCACCAAAGGAGGACUCCGGUGUCUUGGUUAAUACAACUUAUUUGGAAACAUAAACUUCGUGCAUCAAGCCGAAAAUCAACUGUGAUAUCACGGACGUUAAGUUUUGAGCAAUCAUUUUACUAACCAAGCAAGGAUGACAAUGUUCCACUUGACUCUCCUUCCAGACUCGCGUCGUGGUGCCGCGUUUUCGGAGUGGAGAGAAAUCAACAAAAGUCAGUCAACGAAAACAUACGUUUGAAGCAGCUAUAUAACUAUCUGUGGUGUGGUGUUUUCGGUUAUGUUGUAGGAUGAGCACUGAUCUGGAGCGCGUUUCACUCAAUACACCAGUGAACUCGGCAGGCUUGGGUGGCCGCGCGCUCUCAGCCAAUGUUCGGAAGCUCCACAACGCUCUCAACCUACUGCUCAACGACUUUGAGAGGGAGCAGUUUAUUCAUUGUCUCAAUGUUUAUCACGCCAAGCGCAACGUUUUUGACUUGGUUCAAACUCUGAAAGUGAUCCUAGACACGGCAAACAAACGUCAACUACUGCCCAUGUUGCGUUUGGUCAUUCCACGUUCAGACCAGCUACUGUUCGACCAGUACACGUCUGAAGGGCUCUACCUAAAGACGGAUCUGCUUGCAAGCAGUAGCAAUAACACAGAAAACUCUUCUGAAGUGGGCAAUGCAAAUCAUGUCCCAAUUCCCACUACGCACUUUGUUAGUCCGCAUGAGCAGUCUUGCCACGCAUCGCCAGCUGCGUGUCCUGAUGGUUUCAGCACCACGGCUGAAGGGACCUUGGCCCAACAUCCUGGUUACGCACUCAUGCAGGAUCCCUACGGAGAGAUCCGUCAAGUGACCCUGAGGCGCAGCAAGAGCAAAGAAGGUUUAGGGUUUAGUAUCCGCGGAGGGGCCGAGCACGGUGUGGGAAUCUAUGUGUCCUUAGUGGAACCUGGAUCUUCAGCCGAGAAGGAGGGACUGAGGGUCGGUGAUCAAAUAGUGACAGUUAACGACAUGGUGUUUGACAGAGUCACACAUGUCGAUGCCGUCAAGGUUCUGAAAGGCUGUAAGAAGCUGGCCAUGUCGGUGUGUUCUGUGGGCCGUAUUCCUGGAGGAUACAUAACCAACCACAUCUACACCUGGGUGGAUCCCCAGGGACGAAGCGUGUCCCCUCCCUGUGACCUCCAGGAGACACGGCCAGACAGCCUGAGAAGAGGACACUCACUGGAGGGCAUGGAGAGGACGGUGAGCCUGAACCUGGAUGACGGGCGUUCUCUGGGCCUGAUGAUCCGAGGAGGGGCAGAGUAUGGCCUGGGCAUCUACAUCACUGGAGUGGACCCUGGAUCAGCAGCAGAUGCUGGGGCGUUGAAGCGAGAUGAAGGAUGCCUUUCUGCUCUCCAGCUGGCUGUGCAGUCAGAGGUGGGCGACCAGAUCUUGGAGGUGAACGGUCGGGGCUUCACGACCAUCCCCCACGACGACGCCGUGCACGUCCUGAAGACGUGUCACCGCCUGCUGGUGAGGGUGCGAGACGUGGGCAAGCUGCCCCACGCCCGCACCGUGGUGGACGAGACCAAGUGGAUCACCAGUCCUUCCAUCGCGGAGAGCACAGCCGGCACCGCCGUCGCUAACGCACGACCUUUGUCGGGCCGGGCUACACCUGCAUUAGGAAAGUCUGUGUCUCGGGGUGUGGGCCCUCCGGGGACCCAGGUGUCUCUAGAGGAGCAGGCCUUCCUGCUGCUGACCGACCCAGAGAGACAGACCAUGGGCUACUAUCUCCAAGAGUACCAGGGGGGCAACAUAGGCGUGGAGCCCCUGGCUAUGGCCCUGUUUGAGCUCUUCAACACCCAUGCCAAACUGUCGCUGCUGUCCGACGUGAGGAGCCUGGUGGUUCCCAAGGACUUGGACCUGUACGACGGGCUGGUGCUGCGCCGCGAGAGGGAGGCUCUGAGGGCCUGGCAUGGAGGCCUGGGAGCGGCGCACCCACGGAGCCGCUGCCCGCACGAGGCUUCGCCCGGCCAACAGACCCCGGCUGUGAACGACUGCUUGCAUAGCAGCAGCAAACAGGUAGAGCCGCAGGAAACUGCAAACACUAUUCCGGAAAUUUCCUUGAACGAAGCAAAGACGACAGGUGAGUCCCCCCCAUCUUCCAAGGCCCCGCCCCCCUCCGCCCAGGCAAGACCCCCCCGGGAGAGAGAGCUUUGCAGGCGGCCUUCAUCCAGGCAGGCCCCGUCGGGCCUGGUCUUUACUGCCCCCACCAGGCUGCACCAGGAACAGCACCACAAGUCCGUCAAGUCCCUCGGCUCCGCCAGCCGCCAUAACUCCCCCACCUCGGGCCAGCACGCCUGCUCCAACGCCGGCCUCCACAAUUCCCACGGCUCCCUCCAGCACUCCAGCCCCGCCUCCAACUCUGACCCACACCACCAGCACCCCCACCAGCACCCUCACCCCGGCCGGCCCGGCUCCGGGCACCACACCUGCCCAGGCUCUCUCCACCACAGCUCCUCCUGCUCUGCUCCCCCCAGGGAGACCCCCGCCAAGCCCCCCAUCCGAUCCUGCUCCUACGAGAAGUCCCACACAGCCAUGGGCGCCAACCUGCCUCGGGCCGGCUCCCCUUUCCCCUCCCCCUGUCCCUCCCCCUCUCAGUGUCCCUCCCCCUGCCCCUCCGUGUCGCUGCCCGUACCCCCCUCCCGCACCCCGGAGCGCCCCUGCUCCCCCUCCCUCAGCCAGCACUGUGUCAUGGCGGACGUGCACAGGCUGGCUGCCGACUACAGACAACAGCCUGGUCAGCGAGGGGCCACUCUGUCCCAGCUGUCAGACAGCGGGCAGACUCUGAGCGAGGACAGCGGAGUGGACAUCGCGGAGGCCGGAGGCCUCAGUAAGGACGGCAGCCCUCGGCCCAGUAAGAGCCAGACCCACCAGGCUCCCCAAGGGGCCCAGGCACCUCCAGGACCCCCCUCCCAACAGUGCGGCGCACCCGUCGUGACCGCUACCCUGGUACGCGUGGUGAAGAACGCCGACACCCUGGGCAUCGCCAUCGAGGGAGGGGCCAACACUCGCCAGCCCCUGCCCCGCAUCGUCACCAUUCAGAAGGGGGGGUCAGCCCACAGCUGUGGCCAGCUGCGGGUGGGCCAGGUGAUCCUGGAGGUGAACGGGGUUUCCCUGAGAGGCCGGGAGCACAGGGACGCCGUCCGCAUCAUCGCCGACGCCUUCAAGACCAAAGACAGGGAACACGUCGACUUCCUGGUGGCCGAGUUCAACUCGGCGUAUCUGCAAGGCCUGUGGCAGGACAAUGCGCUUUAAAGUCGCUUGGGUACGGAGAACAGCCCCGAAGGAAGACUGUCUCUUCCCAUCUCCCCUUUCCCCUCUGUUAGAUCUCACCCUUUAUGCUUUAGGACGCCGAUUAAAUGGCGUAAACUGUCGAAGCCGAUGGGGCGUAAAUCCCCCCGCCUGUUUGAAUGAGAGGAAGUUUGGGCUGAGAGGCAGCAGGUGUGAUGGGCUUCUGGGCACCCAGGAGCUGUGCGGCUGCUAUCAGUAGGGGUACAGAGACACGGCCUGACUCGCACCCCCAUCCCUUGCCUGUCUGCUCCGUAGAGAUCUGUCAUCGAAACACAGCAUGUUUUGCCUUAAGAGGAAACCCAUCAACAUAGACGAAUGACCCUGAAUUGACCUCUUGAAAUAAUGGAUCCACUUAAGCUAGCAUCUGACUUCGUCCCUUCUGUCUCCAUUUAGAUUUGACAUUUGAAGAGGUUCAACCAGGAUGGUGCUCUGACACAGGCUGCAUAGACACAAUGUCAAACUAUACCUUUAUAUCAUCUCGACUCAGAUAUCUUUUGUAUAGCUUUCUUAUUGUUUUAUGAACAUAUUCACCCACUGUAUGUGAUAAUCUUGUACAUUGUUUAGCUUGGAGUUUAUUGAGAGUCUGGGGAUUUUGGUUUCUAAAGCUAGCGAAUAUGAGAUUCACAUUUUUAAAUGGGCUGUGAGCUGGCAUUCAAUGUUUCCAUGAUCUCAUUUACUGUUUGGAUCGAGUCAACGUUCCUUAGCUUUUGUUUCAUCUCUAUAGUCCUUAUAGCAAUGAGACUGUAAGACGAAUGUGCCAAAUGGGUGAAUUAAUAUCCACAAACAAAGCCCACAGAUCCAUGCAAACACAAACACAAUCAGUCAGAACUUGCAUAUUCACUGGCACUGUUCACAACUCUAGUCAGACUAAAAAUAGUUAAGGGGAAUCAGAGAAUGAGCUUGUAAGCGAGGGAUAUUUGCCAGUUGGCUGUUAAUGCAUUCAUAAGAAGUAUAUCAAUUAUUGCUAAUGAGCUAGAGAGGACAAGUUAAUAUGAAAUGGAUAUUAACAUGGGCCCCCUGCGUGUGUGGGACAUAUUGUACUGCAUUUUUAUUGUGUGUGUAUGAGUGUACAGGCUAGCAGUGUGUGCUGAUGGUGUGUUGAAAGCCUACCUUCAGGGACCGUUGGAAUGUCAGUUGAUUCCCAACUGAAGUCUCAGCUCUGCGAGUGACAUUGUCCUCGAAUUAUGAAAUAUUAAUGAUCAAGAAGGUUUACAGUCAAAUUGUAUUUUUAGAAAUUGUAAAGAUCUGUUGAGAUUUUGUCAACUGUCCUCAAAGUAUUGCUUAUUUUAUCCAUGUACAGUAUAGAUUCCCCUUGUAAAUAAAUGUAUAGAUAUAUGGAUAUAUAUAUAUAUUCAGUAAAGAGAGAGAAAUGUCAGUGCCACAAAACUACUCAAGAAUAGAAUCCCUUUCACUGAAGGCUGGUUACAAAAUUCCCUUCACUUUCUGAAAAUUAUGUAAAAGGUCAGACUGGAAUGGUUUGACGUGUGGUGUCUAAGUCAACACACAUCCAAAUGUGGGAAUUUGUUGGGUGAAAAUGGGAAUAUUAUCAUCCUGACAGGACCCAUUGUCACUAACUAUGUAUAACCUUUCAUUCUGUUGUACAGUAUUCUCCUCAUUGUGCAGUAGAUGCUAUUCUACACAAUUGUCAAUUGUGUCAGAUUUGAAAUAACGUUGUAGAGCUACAACUGUCAGCAUAUCAGACACAGUACCAACUAUAUUCUAUACACGUACCACAGCCUUUAAGGAGUAAAAUUAUAACCAAAUGCCUACUGCACUAAACGCUUGAUAUAUG